CAGUGUAAAAGAAACAGUCGCUUCAGUUUGUGGGGCAUGUGUUCCCCCCUUCCAUAGCACAUCGAACGUGAGGGCUAGUUUCCAAUCUGUUAACACCUGGUGCUACACAUCUGAGAUCCUCUUCGUGAUUUAUCCAAGCCUCUCUUAAUUACUCGUCCUUAUUCAUUAUUUCAGGGUGUUAACGCACUGUCUAGUGUCUCCGUCAGCCUCGUACUUCCUGUAUAAGGUCAACGUUCGUUCCCAUUCCAUCGUUGAGUUCUACUUUCUAGGAAAUGGAUCUCAAGCAACUUAACGACGACCAAAGAGCUACCCUAGAGCAGUUUCGGGAGGCCGUGAAUGACUGCAAACUACCGGACUCGAGCGAUGUCUACCUUCUUCGAUGGCUUAUCGCUCGUGAUUUCAAUAUAGCCAAGGCCGAAACGAUGUUGCGAAAGUCGUUAGAAUGGCGCCAAACAAAUCGAGUCGACGAAAUGAUCGAUGAAUCGGAGUUACCCGAAGUUAUGCGCAAAUACUUCGCCGUUGGUCACACCGGUGUCGACAAGUACAAGAGUUACACGGUGACCGUUCGCUACGGAGCGAUGGACAUGAAGGGCAUCCUCCUCUCUGUUAAGAAGAAAAAUUAUUUCAUGUACCUGACUCAGAAAUUGGAGACGAGCAUCCGGGAAGCUAAAACCAAUCCAGAGAGGUACACACUAUCCCCGACGACCAUUUACCAGGUCACUAUCAUCUUAGACCUGGCCGGCUUUUCAAUGCGUCACAUUACUUUCAAACCGGCCCUCGACAUUUGCUUUGAAAUGCUGCAGAUGAACGAGACCAACUAUCCGGAAUUUCUCCGACGAGUUUUCGUGAUCAAUGCUCCAAAGAUUUUUUCCAUUCUCUACUCGUUGUCGAAGCCUUUCAUGCACGAAAAAACGACGAGUAAUGUUCGAAUCUAUGGUUACAAUGUUGAACAAUGGAAGGCCGCCCUUUUGGAAGAUUUCGAUCCGCAAGAACUACCCGCUUGUUACGGUGGAACUCUGACCGAUCCCGAUGGAAAUCCCAACUGUAUCACAAUGGUGAAUAUGGGUGGCGAAGUCCCAAAGUCUUACUAUUUUACACGCAAUCUUGAUGCGACCAAUAAAAAAUGUUUCACUGUCCCUAACGGCUCCAAAGAGCAAUUGGAAUUUCAAGUCACACAAGCCGGAGCCAUUUUAAAAUGGGAUUUCCAUUCGGAAGGUGGUGAUAUCGCAUUUGCCGUUUAUCGGAAAGAGGACAGCCAGUUGAUUGCGGUCGUUCCUCACGACCGUAUUGAUUGUCACGUUAUACCAGAAGAAGGCCUAAUCCAUUGCGAUGAAACCGGUGUCUAUGUCGUUGAGUUUGACAAUAGCUUCAGCUACUUCCGCUCGAAGAACGUCUGGUACUCUAUUACGAUUGAAUCGUCGACAUCAGAAAAUCAGAAUGAUAAAUAAUUUGGAACAGAAUAAAAAUUGCAGUUGCAACGAAUAGCGUGAGGAAUGGUACACGACGGCUCCAAUAUCUUACACACUUCGCUUUCGUGUGUUGUAAAACCAUUUACAACGUGAAAUAAAUCGCGAGGUAAUGCGUGAGAUUUCUUAUUGUUUAAUUCUACCGUGGUCUGCGUGUUCUAUUUAGAAGUUGAACUGGAAUUCAAGUAGUUCAUCGUUGAAUGUGCUCGUCGUUUGCGGAACAACUGCUGAUUCCAAGAAGAAUGAACUGCCCUGGUUGAACAGUCUGCAGAGGAAAUUUGCGCUUUUGAAUCCGUUAGUUUUUCGCAAAAGUCAAUGACCCUCAAGUAAAAAUAUUUUGCACGCAAAAAAAACAGUUUCUUGAACUUUUCUGGAAUUUUUUACUCCGGUGGAAUGC